AUGUUAAUAUUUUCACAGGCUCCUUUCAAUUGUACAUUGUGUGACAAAAUCUUCAACAAGUGGAAUCAACUCCAGAGACAUCUAAAGACACACGAUGAAGAUAAACCUUACAGGUAACUCAGUAAUUUACAUAAUCACAUAACAAUUUUAUAAAGUAAUACAUCAUUCUUUGUGUAAUAAUGUCACUAACACUGCCAGAUGGUGUUGAUUUUACUAAAUAAAAUUCCAGUUAAUUGUGCUAAAUGAGAUUCUUUAAAUACUGCAAUGUUCUUAAUAUUUUAUUUUGUUUUAUGAGAAUGAAUCUCAAUUUAAAUGUGUUAAAAAUCUGCUGUAUAAAAGUGGGUGGGACAUUAGAAUAUUAAUGUAAGGGUCAUUGACAUAGUUUUGGGGGAGGUGGGGGGUAGCACAGAUUGGAAAUUUUAUUAAGUUUUCAUUAUUUGAAUGGAUGUUUUGUCAAGUAACUUUAGUAGAUGGGAAGUUGGCACAUUGCCACCAUUGUUUGAUGGGCUGUAGCUAAUAAAUUAAUAAAUCACUAAAACAUCCUGACAACAAGCUUAAUAUUUUUUAGUAUUUAUUUAAGUAUUUUUUUGUUUAAUCCAGGUGCAAUCAAUGUCCUUCCUCCUACAACAUUGAGGAUAACCUACUACUCCAUCUGGCUACCCAUGUUGGUCCAGACAGAGAACCUAUAUGUCCUGAAUGUGGGAAGAAGUUUUCACGAGUGGCCAGUUUGAAGGCUCACAUAAUGCUUCAUGAGAGAGAAGAAAGCUUAAUGUGUCCUGAGUGUGGAGAUGAAUUCAGUGUUCAGGUGAUUGAUUUAACAAUAAUUCAUUGUUUAACAGAUUUUUUUUUCCACAUCAGCCAACUAAUUAUUGCGUUUGAUAUAAAAAUAAUUCAUUUUUAAUGGAUUUUUUCCACACCAGCCAACUGAUAAUUGUGAUGAAAAAAAAAUGCAAUAAAAGUUUAAAAAUUAUUUGAAAUAAUUUAGGGCUAUGAAAUUAUAUAAAAUUGAUUGCACAAUUAAUGCAUACUGAUCGGAGCUUGAACAUAGACUUCAAACUUGAUGAUCAAAAGAAAGGGUUAUUUUAUUUCUUCUAUUCUUUUUUCAGCACCAGCUAGAUAAACAUUUACAAGAGCAUCGUCAAGAAAGUGAAGGGAUGAGAACAUACCAGUGUCGGCAAUGUAACCAAGAAUACACCAAAAUGGCAUCAUUAAAAGAACAUAUGAAACAACACUACAGAGUCAAGUAAGAUUUAUUUUAUUUCCAUUCGUUUUUUAAAUCCUUGUUUUUCAUCAUUUAUCCCAUUUUUAUAGUAAGUUUUGUUAUUCUCGCUUUAAAUGCCUCAUUCAAUGAGGACUAGUUCAGGGACACACUUACAUAGAAUUUUAUGGGCGCUUUUUAAUACUAUUGAACUAAAGCGCGGUUAUUAUAUUUUUUCAGAGCAUCCCUUCAACACAGAAAUUAUAAACGUGAUGUUGAUAGAACUGGUUUUACACACAAGUGUAAGUUCUGCUCAAAAACAUUUCAGAAGCCCAGUCAGCUGGAAAGACAUGAAAGAAUACACACAGGUUAGAAUAUUGUUUUUUUAUUUAUAUACUGCAAACUUUUUUUUCUAGAAUCUUAAUAAAAGUGUGUGAUAUAUCAUAAGCAAGAAGACUCAUCUUAAAAUAUCCUGAAAAAUUGACUUGGUAGAAAUAUUGAUACCGUCCAGUAAAUUGUACAUUUGGCAAAUGUUGUAUAGAAAAUUUUAGAAAAAGUGAAUAGAAAUUUCGAUAUAUUAUUUCUAAAUGUGUGAUUGGAAACUUUGUAUUUAAAAUUCUUUAGUCACUUAGGUAGACAAGACUGAAAUCAUUAUAAGGAAAUAAGUGUCAAUUUCAUAGUUUUACUUAAUUGAUAUUAAAUGAAAGAGGAUUUACAUGAUACCCCUACCAAAAAAAAUCUCAAGAAAAUUAUAUCUCUGUAAAAAUUUCAUCAGCAGAAACUGAUUUAUUUAUGAUUUUUCUAGGUGAUCGACCAUUCAAGUGUCAAACCUGUGGGCGAACUUUUAAUCAAAAAGGUGCGUUACAGAUGCACAUGACUAAACACACAGGCGUACGGCCACACACGUGUACUUUCUGUCCCAUGACGUUUGCACAGAAGGGAAAUUUGAGAUCACACAUUCAGGUUAUUAAUCUUUAAAAAUCAAUGUUUAAAAUUUCAACUCUCCAGGAUUAGUUACAACAUUAAAGCUAGAAAGUCCCCAAUAUUAAUAGAUCAUGUUGGGGUAAAGACAUCAAAUAUAGUUAAUUGUAAAUUUGCUGUUUGAGGAUAUUACACCUAGUCACUACACAUUUUGAAAUCCUCAACAUUAAACAAAAAUAACAUUUAAACAUUUUUUUUCUUUUUAAAACUUGAAUAUAUCCUUAAUGCUUUAUAUGUAGAAAAUUUAAAUUGACAACAAAAAUGUGCAGCCAUUAAGAAAUGGUUGUAUUUUCUUGUAGGAAAUAUUUUAUGUUCAAGAUUUUUGUUUCUUGGUGGAAGCAAAAUAAAAAAAUAAAUAAUUUCCUCACACAGAGAGUGCAUACGCUAAAUAAAGAAGAACAUGGAAUGAUCUAUGAAUGUGACGAGUGCAGCUGCAUGUUCCGUAGAUUGGGUUCUCUAAAUGCUCACAUUAGUCGAGCUCAUGCUGAUCCUGGAGUAAGUAACAAUAAUUUUAAAAUAUAUUUUUGA